AACGAGGAGGGUCUCCCUACCCUGCUACCCCGCAGCGUGGAGGAACUCCUCGAGGGCGAGGUGGCGCACGAGGUGGAGGAGCCGCUGGGCGACAAGGCGGUCCCAGCGUCUCUGUUGCAUCUGCUGUAGAGGCCAUCGGUGUUCGUCGUCCAGGAUUCGGUACGGCGGGUAGGGCAACUACAGUUCGCGUAAAUGCAUGCGAAAUGAAUGUCCCUGACAUCACUGUUUACCAUUAUGACGUAGUGAUUGACAAGACACUCCGGGCGGCGUUUAACUUGAAGUUAAUCGUGGCUCUGCAAAAGCAGUACCCCGAUGUUUUUAUCAAAGCAGCUGUGUAUGAUGGGAAGAAGAAUUUGUAUACGAGCCACAGGUUGGAUUUUGGUACUGGGAAUUCUCGCCAGUUCAACGUGACUAUAUCGGAAGAUUCUCGCGUGUCCAAUUUCAAGGUCACCGUCACGGAGGCGAGAGAGAUUAACAUGGAAGUGCUUAGCAGAUACGCGGCUGGUCAGCAGUCGUGGGACGAAAACAUAUCUACUGCUCUUACAGCCUUGAACAUUGUGAUUCGGAUGGAGCCAUCUCUCACCUAUCCAUUCCGAGUGCGCUCGUUCUAUAGUGACAAGAUCAAGGCGCCGCUAGCCAAUACAGGGUUAGAAGCCUGGCAAGGGUACUUUCAGUCGGUUAGGCCCGCUUUGAAUCGUCUGAUCGUCAAUAUCGAUAUUUCCACCGGCGUGAUGUUCAAACCUGGUUCGCUAAUGGAAACCUGUCUUGAAUUCUUCACCGGGAAUCGCAAAAACAAUCCAGACAGCUAUUUACGAACAUCUGGACCUCAGGCGUUACCUCCGCUGCAGAGACGUCGUCUGCAAACAUUUCUUUUUGGCCUCAAGGUGGAGGCCGAAUCGGCCGCAGGUAUCAAGAAAGUUUAUCCCAUCCACAAACUGUCUGAGCGGGACGCUGCUUCGACUGUUUUCACUCCGGCUGGUGGUGCACAGACUAACGUGGCGCAAUACUACGCUCGGGCCAAUCGGCCUCUACGGUAUGCCAAUAUUAUAUGCAUCCAGACUGCGAAAGGUGCCGUGAUACCUCUAGAGCGAUGUUACAUUUUACGCGGUCAGCUUUCUCGUGCUGAACUAUCCCCGGAUGCUACACGAGCCAUGGUUGAGUUUGCGACGAAGAAACCCGAUGAUCGAUUGAGGGCAAUCCAGACUGGGAUUCAGGUUCUUGCGUAUGGACAAUCCCAAUACGUCCGCGAUUUUGGACUAGACAUCAAGAGCGCUUCCUUACCCAUGGAUAUUCCAGCACGGAUACUCAACGCACCGGAGCUCAAAUACGGGCAAGGAUCCAAGCAAGAGUUGGUGCGACCGAGGGAUGGAGCUUGGAACCUUGUGGACAAGAAAUUUUUCAGGCCGAUGUCUUUCGGGGUUUGGAUGGUCGUGAUAUUCGUUCCACAGAAUCGCUUUAGUCCAGACGAUGCGAAAAGAACAAUAACCGGGCUUGUUCGUGGAUGCGAAGCUGUUGGCAUGCCGGUGCAAGAUAAACAACCACUCUUUGUCUACAGGAACCCCCAGAGUAACGUUGAUAAGUCUAUCGUGGACGCGGUUACGCAAUGUCGAAAUGAGCGCAAAACGACACCAGUCUUUAUUGUGUGUAUCCUUCCUGAUGGGAGUAACGCGGACUUGUACACGGCAGUUAAACACUGUGGUGAUGUUAAGAGGGGCGUCGCUAACCAAUGCCUUCGGGUUGGUAAAUGUCGAAACGCUAGAGAUCAGUACUGGGCAAACGUCGCACUGAAGAUUAAUGCAAAGCUGGGUGGUGUCAAUGUCAUCCCGGCAGCAGCUACACUUUCCGAUCCCCGACAGCCAACGAUUGUCAUGGGUGCGGAUGUCAUGCAUCCUGCUCCGGGCAGUCAAACGCCGUCGUAUGCUGCGGUAGUGGCCAACAUAGAUUCUAGCGGUGCGCGAUACAUAGCCAAGACGACGCUUCAGCUAGGCAGGCAGGAGAUGAUUGGCGAUUUGCGCACGAUGGCGAAGGAUCUGCUCGUAGCCUAUAUGAGUUAUAGAACUGGCAUGGAGAAGGUCUCGACACUGCCAAAGCGACUUGUAUUCUUCCGGGACGGUGUAUCCGAAGGUGAAUUCAAGCGCGUUCUGGACUUGGAACUUCCUCUGCUUCAAGCUGCGUGCGUCGAGGCGAAAAUGAACCCUCCUCCGAAAAUCACGUUCAUCAUCGUCGGGAAGCGUCACCAUAUGAGGUUCUUCCCAAAGAACGAUAAGGACAAAGACUUCAAAAGUGGGAACCUUCUUCCGGGUACUGUUAUCGACCAAGAAAUCACGAAUCCCGUCGAGUUUGAUUUCUACUUGCAAAGCCAUGGGGGACUCCUUGGAACUAGCAAGAGUUCUCAUUACAACGUGGUUUAUGAUGAAUUUGGAUUUACCCCGGAUGCGCUUCAAUUGCUCGCAUAUACUCUCUGUUUCACUUAUGCCAGAUCGACGCGCUCUGUGUCUAUUCCCACGCCUGUGUAUUAUGCGCAUAUUGUUUGUAGCCGUGCCAAGACGCACUACGAUCCUCAAGCUGCACCGUUGUCGGUCGUGACUGGGGGUUCGCAGACGCACGAAGAGAUGCUUGAUAAACAUCGCGGACAGUAUCAGUCAGUGCACGAUAUUCAGUCGAAGCGGAUGUAUUUUAUGUGAUUACUCUCUCUAUCGCCAUCGCCGUUGUGUUGAAUGUUAUGUUGUGUAAUGCUGCUGUCUACGUCCCUCGUCUUUAUGAUUGCUGAAGUAUCAAAGACUGUAAUACUUGUGUUACUUUGUGUUUCAAAUAACACGCAGUUUUAUGAUUUUUUUGUCUGACGUUUAUGCAUCUCAUGCG